CGGCAGCUCAUUGACGUUGUGAUUGUUUACCCUACUUUUGCUAACGCCUCUGCCAGUGAAUUAUGAACUUAGUAUGAAUGAUUUACGCAAAUUCUCGACCGUUUGUCGGUUUUGUUUGAGUAAAGAACACGAACAAUUCGUUACCAUCAGCGAGAUUCUUUCCUCUUCACUUACCGCCGAGCUCAUUGGACUGUUUACUGGGAUAGAGCUUGAAACGGCGGAAACAGUACCGUAUGUAGUGUGUGGAAACUGCAAAGAUAUCCUGAAUCAAUCGGUCCAAUUCCGCAACAUCUGCGUUAGUAACGAUGUAUUGUUUAGAGAAUUGUUUUCGCAGUGCACUAUUCCCUCGAGCAACAGUAAUGAUGAAACCGAAGCACGGUCGAAGCAAAAGGAUACCGGCUUGAUUGAGAUUGAAAUUAUGUACUUAAAGGAAGCAUCUAAGGAGCGCAAUGGUUUGAGCCAAGAUCUAACCGAAGUGUUUUUAAAUGAUUCGGAAGGACGCGAGGAUCAAUUCGACGAAGCUGUUAUUAGCGACGAGGCUAACGAAAAGAGAAACAAAAAUGAAAGACUGUCUGCAAGCCCUACCACAUGCACAACAGCCACAGCAGUUGUGUCAAGCAAAAUUCAAAACGAAGGAACUGGCUCGACCAAAUUCAAAAAACAGCUAUGCGUCACUUGUGGCAAACUGGUGCGCAAUCUGUCGCACCACGUUCGUAUUCAUACGAACGAGCCGACACUGUACGCUUGUCCACAUUGUUCCACAAAAAUGAGAAAUCAGUCGAAUCUUGCACGCCAUAUACAAGCGGUACACUUGAAGAAAAUUGUAAAAUCCUGCGAACCGUGCGGGAGGGGUUUUGCUCACAUCAACUCGUACAAUGCGCACAUGCGAUCACGCCACGGCAUGGGUGAACCGUACAAGUGUGAAAUAUGCUCGAAAACGUUCAGGCAACCUAGCGGCUAUAAAAAGCACCUAUCCUCCACCCACACUAGCGAACGGAACUUUCCAUGCGCGAUCUGUGGUAAACCGUUCAAGGAUAAGCAAGCGUUGAAGCUACACGAAAGUGUACAUUCCACCGAUCGGCCGUACAGUUGCGCGAUGUGCCCGAAGCAAUUCAAAAGUUUAAAUGCCAGAAGGACACACGAGCUGACCCAUGUCGGGGUCGUGUUUCCGUGCUCGUUAUGUGAUAAAUCCUAUCAGUACAAAUCUCUGCUUAAUGCACAUGUAAAGAAACAUCAUUCCGAAGCCUCUCGAAAAUCUCAAGCAAUACCGAAGUUGGGUAUCUCUGCGCAACAGCAGGGAUUCAAACUGGAGGCGCGAAAGAUUUGGCAGCCCAACUGUUCUUCAACUGUUAUAAAGGCAAGGCGCGAAUUGCGUCGUACCGCAACGAUCUCGUCAUUUCCGUUCGAGAUGGUGCACACACUACGCAAAAUAACUAACAUUUGUCGGCUUUGUUUGUGCGAAGAGCUGGACAUCCUAGUUCCUGCCGAGGAUGUAUUCGAUUCCUCGCUUACCACGGAGGAUGUGGAACGCUUCACCGGUGUACAGAUCCCGGCCGAUGACAAAGUACCUUACGUGAUCUGCACCGACUGUAGAAGUAGUUUAAGAAAAUCAGCUGCCUUUCGGAAGUCUUGCGUACGCAAUGAUCGACUCUAUUGCCAAUUGUUCUCGGAAUUGAUCGUCGAGAUUCGGAACGAAACGCAUCGAAAGCAACCUGCAACGAUUGUUCAUCACACACCCGAUGAUGAUAUCGAUGUUACGGUUUUCACCCACCCCGUUCAUCCAAAGCAACUGUCUGCUUCUGAGAACAAGCAGCUAGUUAGCGCUGAUGAAAGAGAUUUGGAAAGCAUUGAAACGGAAGCUACCCCUUUAAAAUCAACACUCUCGUCUCCUCGCCCGGAACCGAUGGCAAUUGACGAAACAAGCAACCUGCAGGACCCACCAAUACGCACUAGGAAACGACGCAAAAAGUAUGCGAAUCGUCAUGUGGAAUACCUGUGUGACAUAUGUGGCCAAACGACUACCAAUUACAAACGACACCAGCUGACGCACACGAAAGAAGUACGAAUCCCUUGCCCGCAUUGUCCGAUACAGAUGACGGACAGCUCGAAUCUUGCGCGCCACAUCGAAGCCGUGCACAUGCAGCUGAUCAUUAAAACGUGCGAAUUGUGUGGUAAAGGAUUCAAGCAUCAUAACAGCUACAAUGCUCAUAUGCGUGGCGUGCAUAAUGUUGGGGAAAAAUAUAAAUGCAAGAUAUGCUACAAAGAGUUCAACAGUACACGUAGCAUACAGGAACAUACCAGGCGUCGGCAUAGUAUCGAAACUAAAUUUGAAUGCAAGGAUUGCAGUAAGCGGUUUAAGUGCGGAAGGUCGCUGUAUAUACACAAACGAGUACAUUCCGACAACCGGCCGUAUGCUUGCAGCCACUGUCCGAAACGGUUCAAGAGCAGCUUCGGCCGCAAUACGCAUCAACUCACCCACACGGGCAUUAUAUUUUCCUGCCAGCAUUGUGAUAAGUCCUAUCGGUACAAGGCUCAACUUAACAUGCAUAUGCGAAAACUUCACCCGGAGUUGUUUGCCGAAAACACGGACGGAUCUGGUGGACCGGAUUAGAAGAUGCAAACAAUAAAAAAUAAACUGGCAGCAUGGCACGCUGCGUCUUAAGAACCACCCUGUAAUCGU